CAUAUAUUUUUGAACGCGUAGGUUUUUAAGUAAUUGGACCAGGAGAUAUUCGCCAUUUUGGAUUUCAAAGGAAUGUCACAUAUUUAUUAAUUUGUAAUUUGUUUUCAAGAACACUCUUACUUGAUCAUUUGAUGCUUUCAAAAAGAAUCUUUUGAUAAAAAGUCUUGAUGGCCAUGUACCAACGACGCGGUAUACAAGACGUCCUACGAUGUGAUCUAUGUGAAGACCCUUCAUUCACUAUGUUCUGUGACAUUUGUCAAAUACAACUUUGUAAAGCCUGUGUUGGGGAACAUCUAUCGGAUGAAUCUAAAACACAUAAGGUAGUUCAAUUCAGGAAUCGAGGAUCAACCCCUAAAUGCCCAACACAUUCCACCAAAAUAUGUGAACUUCAUUGUGAAGAAUGCAACAUUCCUAUUUGUGCCACGUGUGUUUCUUGUGGUGAACAUGAACAGCACAAAAAAGUUGACAUAAUUAAAACUUUCGAAAACAAGAAAACCCUGUUACAGAGGGAUUUACAAGAAUUAGAGGAAUCAAUUUCUCCUGAAUAUCAACAGAUUGCCUCUGAUAUCCCAGGUCAGAAAGUUAAUCUGAUUAAAACCUCUGAAAUAGUGAUGGGAGAUAUCGACCAUUAUGGGAAUGCAUUGCACAGAGAAAUAGACUUUAUCAUCAAAACAAUGAAAUCCGACCUAAAAGAAACAAAUGAAAAAUAUCUUUCUGUUCUUAUUACACAGGAAAAUAAAAUUGAACGCAGCAUGUCUGAAAUUAAAAAAACCAUAGAUAAUCUUAAGGAAUUAUUGGACUCAAAAAAUAUUUACCUUGUUUCUUCUUACAAAUCCAGAAAUGCGGAAUUCCGAACAUUACCUCCUAAGCUUUCAAUUUCAUUACCAAGCUUUAUGCCUUCAGAAAUAAACAAACAACUGAUUCGCCAACAGAUUGGCUUAUUGUCUGCGUCAUCUAUUGAAGCCAUUGAACGUAAGUACACAAUGAAAUGUAGGACCUCAUCCAUUCGGAUACCACAAAAUAAAAACAGUACUUUGAAGAAAAAGAAGAAUAAAUCAAAAUAAAAUCCACGUGCCAACACAGUAAACCCUCAACGUGUCCAUUUGGCUGGCAGAUAUGUAACGAGUGCAUCCCUUAACAUCCAAGGAAGAAGCACCGAAUAUGACGACUCGAAUUGAAUUUUCGGUGUACUAUGUUUAAAUGAUGAAAAACGAAAACCGGUGACGAAAACAUCAUUGGACUCAACAACUCCAAGAGGGAACUAUUAAAUUCAAUCAAAACGAAAUCAGAAAAUAUGCCAGUCAACACAGGAACCACAAGGUUUUGUUGGCUGAUUUAUACUAUUGACGAUAUGAACUUAGUGACAAAAACUAUGGGAUAUUGACUUUAAAGACAGGAAUAUUCUCUUCUUUUGAAUUGUAGAUCAUGGUCAGAUAUGAUAAAGAAGAAACUAACUUUGUGCAUUCUGCUACAUGUACAUCUAUUGUACAUGAAACUAUGGGGUUUUGUCAUGGUUUUGAAAAACAUUAUUACGUUUUUUACCGUAAUGAAAAUAAGAAAAAGUGGAUGUAAAUUUACAUUGAUUUUUACAUGUUACAUGAUCUAGAAAUAUAUCGCAAAAUCAUC